ACGUGGCGCCCAACAUGGCGGCGCCCAUGGCAGCGACGAGCGGCGCCUCCGUUACGCGGCGGCUGCUCCGGAGCGUCUCCCGCCGCCUCAGCAGCGGCCGGGCCGCGGCGGAAGAACCCGAGGCCGCCGUGGUUAACGUGGUGUUCGUGGACCGGGAAGGGCGGCGGGUGCCGGUGCGAGGCAGAGUCGGUGACAACGUGCUGAGCCUGGCGCAGCGGCACGGGCUGGAGCUGGAGGGCGCGUGCGAGGCGUCGCUGGCCUGCUCCACCUGCCACGUUUACAUCAGCGAGCCGCACCUGGGCCGGCUGCCGGCGCCCGACGAGCGAGAAGAAGAUUUGCUGGACCAGGCCCCUCUGCUGCAGGAGAAUUCUCGCCUUGGCUGUCAGGUUCUGCUGAGCCCGGCCCUGGAGGGAGCUCAGAUCGUCCUGCCCAGAGUCACCAGAAAUUUCUACGUGGAUGGACACGUCCCCAAACCUCACUGACCCCGGGGGGGGACCCCCAAAAACCCCCCCAGGAAAAGGGGGGACCCCCCUCGAAAAGAGAAAAAAAAAUAA